UGUGUCCAGUUUCAAGGCCCGCAGCAGAGCGUUCUCAUUGGCCAGAUCCUUGUUGGGGGAUGCCUUGCCACACAAUAGGGGAUAUAAUGGUUUGAUCCAGAUGCCUCGGACACCAGCCUUCCGAGUUGGAAUUAGGAACAUCUCCCUGCUUUCUUGCGGCAUUUCACGGAGGUACGCCUGUUGGUUUCUAUCCACAACGGAGUAUAAUAUUUUAAUGAACAUGUUACCGUGCGGUCCAACUUUGGAAGUACAGCUUUCGUCCAUAAUGGACGUACUUGCGAAAGCUGCUGUAUCUGAAAUUAGCCAACUUUUCUUGGAAGGCUCGGCUACAUUUCGCUUACAAAUAACUCGGAGCCUGAAAGAAAACCAAUCGCUGAGGAUGAGAAUGAAGGUGAUGAGGAGUGAGCUGUUUUCUUUGCGGCUUCAAACGAGAUCAAAUGCAUCGUGUGCGGCAAGUCGUUUUGCCCUGGCUCGAGCCAACAUCUGCAAACCACAGACUAAACCACUGGGAAAUGGAGAAUGCGAUGACUUUGGAGACCGCAGCACACAGCGCGGCGCCCCCUCAGAUGGUCUGCAUGUGGACGCCCCUGGCUCCUCCCACCUGUCCAGUCAUAGCGAGGAGCUGAGGAUCCUGAGCGUCCACGGAAAAGGGGAGGGCCCACUGGCGCUGGACAGCAAUGACACACUGAGCCUGGAGCGCGGCGAGCAGCUGGUCCACCGUGAGGAGCUGACUGGGCAGCUGCAGACCCCAGACACCAUUUUAAUCAAGGAGGAAGAGGAUAUUGGAGGAGACAUGCCCGCUGUAGAAGAUUGCGAUGACUUUGGAGACCACAGCACACAGCGCGGCGCCACCUCAGAUUGUCUGCAUGUGGACGCCCCUGGCUCCUCCCACAUGUCCAGUCACAGCGAGGAGCUGAGAAUCCUAAGCGUCCACGGAAAAGGGGAGGGCCCACUGGCGCUGCGCGGCCAUGACGCCCUCUUCACCGCGUCCAAACGGGACGCCAAGAACUCUCUGUCUGCAGACCACAGCGUAGUAAAGAGCCUGGUGCGCGGCGAGCAGCUGGUCCACCGUGAGGAGCUGACUGUGCAGCAGCAGAACCCAGACACCGUUUUAAUCAAGGAAGAAGAGGAUAUUGGUGGAGGCAUGCCCGCUGUAGGAGAAUGCGAUGACUUUGGAGACCGCAGCACACAGCGCGGCGCCACCUCAGAUAGUCUGCAUGUGGACGCCCCUGGCUCCUCCCACCUGUCCAGUCAUAGCGAGGAGCUGAGGAUCCUGAGCGUCCACGGAAAAGGGGAGGGCCCACUGGCGCUGGACAGCAAUGACACACUGAGCCUGGAGCGCGGCGAGCAGCUGGUCCACCGUGAGGAGCUGACUGGGCAGCAGAACCCAGACACCGUUUUAGUCAAGGAAGGAGAGGAUAUUGGUGGAGGCAUGCCCGCUGUAGAAGACUGCGAUGAGUUUGGAGACUGCAGCACACAAGACGGCGCCACCUCAGUUAGUCUGCAUGUGGACGCUCCUGGCUUCUCCCACAUGUCAGGUCACAACGGGGAGCUGCGGAUCCUGAGCGUCCACGGAAAAGGGGAGGGCCCACUGGCGGUGGAUGUCCAUGACAACCUCUUCACCGUGUUCAAACCGGAGGCUCUGAGCUCGCUGGCCGCGGAACACAGCGUGGGAAAGAGCCUGGAGUGCGGCGAGCAGCUGGUCCACCGUGAGGAGCUGACUGGGCAUCGGGGCAGCGGCAAGGACCGGCACGCUGUGUUGUCUGGAGAGGGUUUACCCGACGAAACCAAUAUGGUCAUCCACAGGCGUACCCACACCGGCGAGAAGCCGUACGGGUGUGAUCAAUGCGUGAAGCGCUUCAGUACGGGCUCUCUCCUGAAGGCUCACAUGAGGAUUCACUCCGGGGAGAAGCCCUACAGGUGUAACCAAUGUGUGAAGUGUUUCAGUCACAGCUCCACUCUGAAGGCCCACAUGAGGAUUCACUCCGGGGAGAAGCCCUACAGUUGUGAUCAAUGCGUGAAGCGCUUCUAUAAGAGCUCUCACCUGAAGAGCCACAUGACGACUCACACCGGGGAGAAGCCCUACAGUUGUGACCAAUGCGUGAAGCGCUUCAGUCAGAUCUCCGACCUGAAGAUCCACAUGAGGACUCACUCCGGGAAAAAGCCCUACAGGUGUAACCAAUGUGUGAAGUGUUUCAGUCACAGCUCCACUCUGAAGGAGCACAUGAGGACUCACUCCGGUGAGAAGCCCUACAGGUGUAACCAAUGUGUGAAGUGUUUCAGUCAGAGCUCCACUCUGAAGAAACACAUGAGGACUCACUCCGGUGAGAAGCCCUACAGGUGUAACCAAUGUGUGAAGUGUUUCAGUCACAGCUCCACUCUGAAGGAGCACAUGAGGACUCACUCCGGUGAGAAGCCCUACAGGUGUAACCAAUGUGUGAAGUGUUUCAGUCAGAGCUCCACUCUGAAGAAACACAUGAGGACUCACUCCAUGGAGAAGGCCAGCUUCAGCGACGCAAAUAAAGAGCCAAUGGGGUGCUUUGAUUGACACCCCUGUCCUGUAUUUGUUGAAAUGACUGCUGUCGUUUAUUUUUUUGCUUUAAAAGACGCUUCCAACUCUUCAAGCAUCAUCUGUUUUUAUUGUAGUAAAUAAAUGAUGCCUGUCUGAUGAA